AUGGCUCAUCCACGGGGCUGCGAUCCAUCUGUGAUCGAUGUGCUCAUAGUCGGCGCCGGAAUUGGUGGUCUCUUCACUGCCAUCGAGCUCCAUCGGCACGGGCACAAUGUCCGUGUGAUCGAGUCCAGGGAUGGCGUGGAUCCGGUUGGAGACUUCGUUGGUAUAGGCGUCUCAGCGACGAGACAGUUUGCCAAAUGGCCAGGUGUACAAGAACGGUACCAAGAGAUUAGAUACAAGCCGUCGAUGGCGUGGUACACCUUCAGUGGCGAGCACCUUGCGGGCCCGAUGAAGGCAUUAGACGUCCCAGGCAUACCAGUCCCCGUGCACCGCCCCAAGCUUCAGCAAAUGCUGUACGACCACGCCAAAUUCUUGGGCAUUGAUGUUGCAUUUGGCAAACAUGUUGAGAAGUACAUUGACAGGUCGUCCACGUCCAAAGCUGGUGUCCUCACGACCACGAAUGAAGUGAUAGAAGCGGACUUGGUCGUUGCGGCAGACGGCGUCGGCUCAAAGUCCUGGCAACUGAUGCAAGAGGGCCAGUCCAAAACGCGCAGCAGUGGCUUUGCAGUGUAUCGUGUGGCCUUCCCAACCGAGUUGGCCCACCAAAACUCCAUAGUUUCGAAGCACUUUCCUGUCCCUCAAGAUGGGUGGGACGACGUGCGAGGCUGGCUUGGCCCGGAUACGCAUCUGAUCACGGCAACGUCACCGGACAUAAUGACUUGGCUAUAUACACACAAGGAUUCGGAUACCUCCACCGAGUCAUGGUCUAGACGGAUUUCUUCCGAUACAGUGCUGCAAGACCUUUCUCAGUCAGGUCUCGACUGGCACCCUGCGGUGAUAGAAUUGAUCAAGCAAACUCCGCCAGAGACAAUUGUCGACUGGAGGCUGUUAUGGCGCGAUCCCAGGGACGUUUGGGUCUCCGAAAGUGGACGGGUCAUACAGAUUGGCGAUGCGGCACACUCUUUUAUCCCAACGUCCGGAAACGGAGGAACUCAGGCUUGUGAAGAUGGAAUGUCCCUGGCGGCAUGCCUGAGCCUUGGUGGCAGAAUCAACGUCGCUCUGGCCACUCGGGUGCACAACAUGCUGCGCGCCGACCGAAUAUCUUGCUGCCAACGAUCCGGCUUUCGCAACCGUGACACCUUGCACAAUGCAGACUUCGGAGAGCUCAAAAAGCAUCCAGAGAGAUUGGGCGAGAUGACAGGGCGCUGGAUCACACAACAUGACGCGGAACAAUACGUUUAUGACAAUUGGGAGGAGUGUGUUAAUUGCUUGGUCACCGGCAGGAAGUUUGUCAACACCAACAUUCCUCCAGGGUAUACACCCAAGCCAUGGUCCAUCGAUGAUGUGAUGCACGGAGAGACAAGAGAUGAUGAAGGAGAAUGGACCUGA